AGAUCCGGAGCGCAGCGGCCGACCUGCUCCGUAGCCUCGCGAGUCUCCAUUCCCUCGGUUUCCAGUCGCCACCCUCGAAACCGCGAGGCUCCAAGUCAACAGUCCCACACUCCCACACGCCACACGCCUCCGCGCUCCCCGACCACCGUCAUGCCACUCCCGUCCACCCCACUCCACCGCCGCCUCCUCCCGCUCCUCCUCGCCGCCGUCGCCUGCACGGGGCCGCCCGGCGCCGCGUCCAAGCCCGCGCUGCUCGAGCCCUGUGCCUCCGCCACGACCUGCCCCGCGCUGCUCUCCUACACCCUCCACGCCGACCUCAAGCUCGCCGACCUGGCCGCGCUGUUCGCGGCCGACCCGCUCGCCAUCCUGGCCGCCAACGCCAUCGACUUCGCCGUGCCGGGCCCGGCCGGCCGCAUCCUCCCGGCCGGCCUCGCGCUGCGCGUGCCGGUCCCCUGCGCCUGCUCCGGCGGCGUCAGCAGGGCCACCACCGCCCGCUACGUCUCCCGCCCGGGCGACACGCUCGGCUCCAUCGCCUCGCGCGUCUACGGCGGCCUCACCUCCCCGGACUGGAUCAGGGACUCCAACGGCGGCCUCACCGCCCCCGACGGCGCCGUCGACGCCGGGACCGUGCUGCUCGUGCCGCUGCACUGCGCGUGCUUCGGCGGGGCGGACAACGGGGUGCCCGCCGUGUACCUCACGUACGUGGUGGCCAGAGGGGACACCGUGCCCGCCAUCGCGAAGACGUACCACACCACGGCCACCGACGUGAUGAGCGUCAACGACUUGGCCACCGCCGACGUCGCCGCCGGGGACAUCCUCGUGCUCCCGCUGCCAGCGUGCACCUCGUCGUUCCCCACGUUCACGUCCGACUACGGGCUGGCCGUGGCGAACGGGACCUACGCAGUGACUGCCGACCGGUGCGUCCAGUGCAGCUGUGGUCCGGCCAACUUGGAGCUGUUCUGCGUGCCGGCGCCGCUGGCGGACGCGGCGUGCUCCAGCAUGCAGUGCGGCAACAGCAGCAUGAUGCUCGGCAACUUCACCCUCGUCAUGACCGGCGCCGGCUGCAGCGUCACCUCCUGCGGCUACGGCGGCUACGCCAACGGCACCAUCCUCACCACGUUAACAACGGCGCUCAAGCCCCUGUGCCCAGUCCCGCACCAGUUCCCGCCGCUGAUCCCGCCGCCGACGUCGUCCUUCUUCGAGACGUAUCUCGGCCCUUCACCGGCGCCGAUGCCGUCGGAGGGGGGGAUCAAGAGUCCGACGAUGGCUGGGACGGCACCAACGGCCAGCCCGGACGCCGUCGCCGGUGCUCCUCCCACGGGCCGGCACUUCAGCGGCGUCUUCAGAGUGCUCGCGCUCUGCCUUGUCACCAACGUGCUGUGGUAACCGAGCAUCCACGAGGGAUGAUCGAGCAGCCGAACGUAAAUCGACGGCUAGCUUCCAUUCGAGUUAUUCUUUUUGUACAGGAGCAGCCGGCUGCUGUGCUGGGGCUGCGUUGUGCCAAAAUAUUGUUGCUGCUCAUCUCAUUUGUGGUUCCCCUGUAAAAUUGAAAGCAAUCUAGAUGAAUUCUCUGCAGCACAAAGCAAGAAUGCAUCCACGCGAGUGUGCGCCCAGUUGGUCUGAUUCUACCAAGAAAAUGGCUCUCAAA